CACUUCUCCGUUGAGAGAGCGGAGUCUCAGACAGUCGGUUAGUCGCGCGGUACAGUUAGAAACACCGGCAGCCGUGCAAGCGCGCGCACAACGGAAGUACCACUUUCCCGGAGCAGGUUCGUGUUACCGGAGAAGCCGAGUUUCCGGCGCUGUUUGGAGGAAUGCACGUGUAAGACAAACAAAAACAAACCAAGCCAGCCAGCGCGAGCUCUUCAUUAGUGUAAUUACUCUAGAGGAGAACCGGGAGGAAUCCCGCCGCGCGCGCUGCUGCUGCGGGGAGUUUGCGUUUGUUUAACGCGCGAGCGUGUGGAGUACCGGCUCACCCGGGGACCGACGCGGUAACCUGACGUCAUCACCGGGGUUUGUUUCAUCCCCAGCGGAGCGGAGAAAGUCAGCGUCCCGCUACACCACCGCGCUCCACACGGAACGGACACACCAUGCCGCUCGCGCAGCUCGCAGAGCCCUGGCCCAAAAUGGAGCUGGUGCAGCUGGAGGCGGAGAAUGGACAAAGCACAGCUGAAGAUGGAGUCACUCCAGGGGUCAAGAAAGUGUGUGACAUCACGUGGGUGGAGAAGGACUUUGCCAGUAUUAAAAAGAAGGAAGAUGAUGUCAUCAAAGAGAUCAACAUCACACACGUGGUCAAGGAGGGCUCGGAGAAGGCGGACCCCUCGCAGUUCGAGCUGCUCAAGGUGCUGGGACAGGGCUCCUUCGGAAAGGUGUUUCUGGUGCGGAAGGUGACCCCACCUGACAAUAAUCAGCUCUAUGCCAUGAAGGUUCUCAAGAAGGCAACACUUAAAGUGCGUGAUCGUGUCCGGACUAAAAUGGAACGAAACAUUCUCGCAGAAGUCAACCACCCGUUUGUAGUCAAACUGCACUAUGCCUUUCAGACGGAGGGGAAGUUGUACUUGAUUCUGGAUUUUCUGCGGGGAGGUGAUCUCUUCACCAGACUGUCAAAAGAGGUUAUGUUCACAGAAGAAGAUGUGAAGUUCUAUCUGGCAGAACUGGCUCUGGGUCUGGAUCACCUGCACGGCCUUGGCAUCAUCUACAGAGAUCUCAAACCUGAAAACAUCCUGCUAGAUGAAGAAGGGCACAUCAAACUCACAGAUUUCGGCUUGUGUAAGGAGUCCAUAGACCAUGAGAAGAAGGCCUACUCAUUCUGUGGGACAGUGGAGUACAUGGCUCCUGAGGUGGUGAACAGGCAGGGCCACAUCCACAGCGCCGACUGGUGGUCGUUCGGGGUACUAAUGUUUGAGAUGCUCACAGGAUCUCUGCCGUUCCAAGGCAAGGACCGUAAGGAAACGAUGAACCUCAUCCUGAAGGCACGGUUAGGAAUGCCCCAGUUUCUAAGUGCGGAAGCUCAGAGUUUGUUGAGAGCAUUGUUCAAGAGGAACCCCACCAACAGACUAGGCUCUGGGCCAGACGGUGCUGAGGAAAUCAAACGUCACUGCUUCUUCUCAACCAUUGACUGGAAUAAACUCUUUCGUCAGGAGAUCAAGCCACCAUUUAAACCAGCCGUGGCUCGACCUGACGACACUUUCUACUUUGACUCAGAGUUCACUUCCCGCACCCCUAAAGACUCCCCUGGUAUUCCCCCGAGUGCUGGAGCUCAUCAGCUCUUCCGUGGCUUCAGUUUUAUAGCCACAACGCUGCUAGAGGAAGAGGGCACAGAAGAGUCAGCUCAGGCCCCUCCCCAUCCUGUGGUUCAGCAGCUGCAUGGUAAGAGCACUGUGUUCAGCGAUGGCUACGUACUAAAGGAGGAUAUCGGGAUGGGGUCUUUCUCUGUGUGCAAGCGCUGCAUCCAUAAAGCCACCAACACGGAAUAUGCAGUCAAGGUCAUCGAUAAAACAAACACCGAUCCUACAGAAGAGAUUGAGAUUCUGUUACGGUACGGCCAACAUCCCAACAUCAUCACACUCAAAGACGUGUACGAUAACGGGAAGCUGGUUUUCAUGGUGACUGAGCUGAUGCGAGGCGGUGAGCUGCUUGAUCGAAUCCUCAAGCAGAAGUUCUUUUCCGAGAGAGAAGCCAGUGCCGUGCUGUACACCAUCACCAAGACCGUGGAGUAUCUGCACACUCAGGGGGUAGUACACCGAGACCUGAAGCCCAGUAACAUUCUGUAUGUCGAUGAAUCUGGAAAUCCAGAGUCUCUGCGGAUCUGUGACUUCGGUUUCGCUAAACAGCUCCGUGCAGACAACGGCCUCCUGAUGACGCCCUGCUACACGGCUAACUUUGUUGCUCCUGAGGUGCUGAAGAGGCAGGGUUAUGAUGAGGCGUGUGACAUUUGGAGUUUGGGAGUGUUACUGUACACCAUGUUAGCAGGAUUCACUCCUUUUGCUAAUGGUCCAGAGGACACGCCUGAGGAGAUCCUGGGGAGGAUAGGAAACGGACAUUUCACCCUGACCGGGGGCAACUGGGACGCGGUGUCUGACACAGCCAAGGAUCUGGUGUCGAAGAUGCUGCAUGUGGACCCUCAUCAGAGACUAACAGCUCGGCAGGUGCUCAAACACCCCUGGAUUGUGCAGAGAGAUCAGCUACCCAACAGCCAGCUGCAGCACCAGGACGCCAAGCUCGUCAAGGGAGCGAUGGCUGCCACCUACUCAGCCCUGAAGAGUUCCCAGCCAACCCCUGAACUCAAACCUAUUGAGUCCUCAUUUCUCGCCCAAAGACGUGUGAAAAAGCUGCCCUCCACCUCUCUGUAGACACAGAGAGCCCGACGGGGAGAGGACGAGAGCACCACUGAAGUGAACAAAAGCAGUACUGUAUGAACGCCGCUCUGUGUGGACUGAAACCGCUCUCUUCACCUCGCACCUGCCAGCCGCAGGCUCACGGAGCUUAGACAAGCUGUCAAUCAGAGCAGACAGUGGAUGAGAUUGGCAGAUGGAGAAUGGAAUGCUGGGAUUUCAGUGUUCCAUCGUGUGUGUGUGUGUGUGUGUGUGUGUGUGUGUGUGUGCCAGAAAGCGUUACAGGCUCCUAUUCGGAAGCGGUCGAUAUCGGCGGCCUGUUUUGUGGUCCUGCUGUUCUGUUUCUUUCAUUUCUGUUUAUUCGUCUAUGAUGUGGGUUUUUUCCCGUUCGCUUGCUUUGUUUAUCGUAAAUGAUGAAAUCAGUUUGAUCACGACUCUGAGUCUGGAACACACAGACUAUAUACAGACUGGGAAUGUUUGCAAGCUUUUUUUUUUUUUUCCCCUUUAAGACAACUCCAUUGCUAUGGCUAUAAAAGCAUGAGAGUUGAGACUCUGACCAAGUGCAUUGUGGGUACAGGGGGUAGUUUUUCAUGGCUGCUGAUGUGUAAAAUGCUGUCGUUGCUUCACCAUGCUGCACAUUGCUUUGUGACGCACUUUUGCACAAGGUCCAGGCUGUUCCAGCGUGUUUUCUUGCCCCAGCGUGUUUUUUUUUUUUUAAUAAUUGUGUGAGAACAGGAUGAUGAUGAUGAAGUAAAUCUCCCAAGCCUGGCGCUCUGUAGUGGCAUGUUAAAGUCUUGUAUUUUUCAACACCGUGAUUUUUCUGGAUAUUGACUGCCGUCGUCUGUGUUUUCACUGUUGGUUGGUUAUGAUUCUGUUUUGUUCAUUCUGUCAAAGAAAAGUAAAAUGAUUUUAUAAAAAGCAUGUUGAGCACAACUGAGAAAAGUGACGAGCCAGAGAAGUGACUGCAAGCCUUUGUAUUUGUUUUUUUUUUCUUUUAAAUGAUCUAUUGGAAAAAAUAAAAAUGAUCUCGUGUUCAGAUGCCAGUCGUAAAAAGAUUGGGAUGGAUUUGGUAAUUUGCCGUCACACGCUUGUGAAAUAGACUCAAGUAUCUGAAUCUCAAAUGAGCUGCAAAGCUGCAAUGACGGUCGGGGGGGAGAUAAAUGAAUAAUGUUCCCAACUUCUCCCACCUCGAAAUGUACUGUAGACACCCACAGGCAUAAACACAAUGACUUUAGGAAGGACAUGCAUGCUGUCAGAGUAUUUUUGACACAAACAUUUUCAAAAUCAUCAUCUGCCAAGUGCUACAGCAUCAACAGUCUGAAAACAAUCUGAACCGAAACAGGUUUAUCUGUUGUUUUAGACGGGCAGGAGGUAGAGAUUUCUCAUUUCACACAUACAGUACCAGUCAAAAAUUUGGACACGCCUUCUAAUUCAAUAAUAAUGUUUUUGUUUUGUUUUGUUUUUUUUAAAUUAAGUCACUUCAUGUCUUAAAGUAAUGACGGAUGUCGUUUCUCUUUACUUAGUUGUUCCUUUCCUGACAUAAUAUGGAUAUCAUAAUAUGGAGCAGAGAUCAGUUGUGGAUGGAAUAGGGCUAUUUUAUUAUUUGUAUUUUUAUUAUUUACUAUUUGAUCUCAAAUGCAUUAAGAAGGCAAGAAAUUGCACUAAUUAAUUUUUGACAAGAGAAUAUUCCAAAUACAGAAAAACCUACGAAUGAGAUGAGUAGGGGUGUACAAACUUUUGAUUGGUACUGUAUUUGAUGCACUUUUUUGGGAGAAGUAUUAAAUUAGGUCCUGUAGAUUUCUUUAACCCCCCUCCCCACCCCACCAAAAAAAUAGGUGAAGAUUGAAAAUGAAUCAUUUAGAAGUGAUUCAAUGUGAAAUGUUAUGUACUGAAUCAUCAUUAGCAAUUGAAAUUUGAAAAAUGUAAAUAAUGAAUCACUAUAAAGUUGGUUCAGCUUAAUUAUCAAACCUAAUCAAACCUAAAUUAUUCCCUCAUGAGCCUCUUACAAAUAGCUGUUUGCUUUUCAUAUUGAUUCACUUAUCACAAAAUGACUCAACUGAUCCAAUGAAUCAUUUGCAAAAGACUUGAGUAGAUACUGAAUCUGUGGUCAUUAUACUUAAAUGAAAGGUGUGUGUGUGUGUGUGUGAGAGAGAGAGAGAGACGGAGCAGUGUGUGACGGCUGAUGCUGUUUCAGGGCAGAGUAACUAUGUGAAGCACCUUUGUACUGUAUAUGUUGUUAAAGUAGAUUAUAUAUAUAUAUAUUUCUUUCCUGUAUUCAGAAGAGAUUUGGUUUCUGAAGUUUGGUCUAAAACUUCUUUGCGUCUAUAUGCUUCAGAGAUUUGACCUUAUGUGGCACUUGCUUUCUUAGUUUCUUCUGUUAUUUAAAAAAAAAAAGAUAAUGUCUUUACUUUCGGAAUGGUGAUGUGUUUGAUGUGGGCUGCUGAAAUGGGUUGCAACACAGAUCCUGGGGGAUGUAAGGUGCUUUUGCGUGCGUGUGCACGCGCGCAUACACAUGUUUCUGGGAUGUCCGUCUUCUAACUUGUAUGUUCUUGUUCUCUGAAGCUCCAGAGUCCGGUCUGUGUUCAGGUCCUGAUGCCUUUCUUAUUAAACUCAGUUUUUCUGCCCUCCA